AUGACGAAUGUGCUUCUGUACAGUAGAAACCUCCUAAAUACCAGUCCAACAUAUUCAAAAUCUGGAUUUGGUGAUGUGACCGAGGCGUCUGGCUAUGGAAUAGGGUAUAAAGGAAAUGUUGGAAAGCCCCAUGGGAGCAAUAUUAUCAAAAUCUUGCAGAAAUCUCUGAAAGUUACCAUUAUGGCUAAACGCUCCGAAGCAUGGACCGUCGUCAUUUGGAAUAAGAUUGGACCUGAUGGCCGUCGUGACGGCUGGUAUGGUAACGCAUGCGAAAGAUUGACUUUGAAGGAUGGCAAAACACAGCACAUUGCUUUCGACGAGAACUCUCAGGGAGGCUGGGCGGCUGCACCAGGCUAUACGAUCCCCAUUGACGACUAUGAGGGUUACGCUUCAACGUGGGGGGGAUUUGAUUUCGGUUCUACCAAAAACUCCGGAUGGUCUGGAUUUGAUGUUUCCGCAAUCGCUGCACAAGCAAGUAAUAAUAAGUCCAUGGUAUGGGCAUCUGUGAUUCUGCCACGGGAACCUGCUCAUCUAUUUCCUCAGAUGGAGGUUACAACGGUAGACGGAAUAGGUGGUAUCUUACCUGCAGGGCCAGUGAGUCUCGCGGUGAUGCUAGGAUAUGAGGACUAG